AGUCAAGAUGAUAGUAUAGAAGAAAGUGAGCUAUCUUCUUCAUCAGAUGAGGAGGAAGAUGAUGGACGUGAAGAUUUGGGAAGCGCAGUCGAAGGCGAAGGUUCUGAUGAUGAGCAAGCUGAUACUGAUGAAUUAGAAGGGGUCGAUGAUGAUACUGAGCUAGUUGUCCAUACUAAUCGACAAGACAAGGUUUCAUUGGAAGAGGAUGAAGAAUUUGAAAGAGAAUUUAGUCGAAUGAUGACUGAAAGUAUGGAAUCACGUAAAUAUGAACGGAAGCCCGCUAUGUUGGAUGUGGCGAUUCCAAUGCAUCCGAAGGGUGUAGAUAAAGCAGCAGACCAUAUAGACGGGAGUGUGUCUUUUACUUUACUGGUUAAAAAAGGAAACAAACAGCAGACAAAAACUAUUGAAGUUCCAGCUGAAAGUGCAUUGGCUGUUAAUACACGUACUAAACAAGAAGCUGAGCGCGAGGAACAACAGCAACUUAAGAAGUUAGUCUUAAAUUACGAGGAAAGAGAAGAGCAAAAUCAACGAAUUGCUCUCGAACAGACUCUCAUGCGCAGCGGUAUGAGAGUUACUUACCAAGCUAAUAACCGUCGAACUAAUCAACGGGGCAGAAA